UUUGCACGUGAAGCUAUCAAACAAACGGACCUCCUAAUUCUUUACACUUCGUUCCCUCCUUCAAUUCGCAAUUCCCAACUAGCACUCGUUGGUUUUCAAUUUGUUUCAUGACAAAUUCUCAGCUGUCCUCUGAAUAAAAAUUGGAACAAAAAACAAGAAUCUACUGAGCAACAUAUAUAUACAACGAACUGAACCGAACCAAAUUAAUCUCCGAUCCUCCUCUUGGCCGGAUAUAAUGAAGAAGCAAGGUUGUGAAGUUGAAGCGUUGGGCAUCAGCUACGCAAUCUCCACUCACCAAAAACACCAUCGCCGCCGCCAUUUCAAGCUCUUCAGCAGAGAUGAAGAAGAGAAAUUAGCCGGGGGAGUUCGUGUUGUAUUGAAGGAUGUGAGCUGCCACGCGAAGCCGUGGGAGAUUCUUGCGAUCGUUGGCCCCAGCGGCGCCGGGAAGUCGUCGUUGCUGGAGAUCCUCGCCGGGAAAAUACAGCCCCAGAGUGGUUUAAUACGGUUGAACCAGAAGCCGGUGGAUAAAGCGAGGUUCCAGAAGCUUUCGGGGUAUGUGACGCAGAGGGAUACAUUGUUUCCCCUGCUCACCGUCGAAGAAACGCUGACGUUCACUGCAAAGCUCCGGCUGAGGCUGCCUGUACCGGAGCUGGGAUCACGGGUGACUCAGUUGAUCGAAGAACUCGGGUUGAGUCACGUGGCGGGAGCUCGGGUUGGCGACACGGACAGGAUCCGGGGGAUUUCCGGCGGCGAGAGGCGGCGCGUGUCCAUUGGCGUGGAGGUGAUCCAUGACCCUAAGGUUGUGAUUCUUGACGAGCCUACUUCAGGGCUUGAUAGCACUUCGGCACUGCAAAUUAUCGACAUGCUUAAACUCAUGGCGGAAAGGCGUGGCAGAACCAUAAUUCUGAGCAUUCAUCAGCCUGGAUUUAGAAUCAUGAAGCUUUUCAACUCAAUCCUGUUAUUAGCUAACGGCUCCUCUCUGCACCACGGCACGGUUGAGCAGCUUAGUACCAGGCUCAGGCUGCUGGGGUUGCACCCUCCUCUCCAUGUCAACGUCCUCGAAUUUGCAAUCGAUUCCAUUGAAGCAAUAAUCCAAGAAGAAGAAAAAAGCCCAUCAACUCCGAACAACAAAGCGGGGGAUGAAGAACAACUGUUGCACUUACGUUGUGGGGAGAGCAAAACAGGCAAUUUUACUCUGCAACAGCUGUUUCAGCAAUCCAAGGUGGUCGACCAGGAAGCUAUAGAAGUUGUGAGCAAGGAUUUGGAUUUGGUGGAGGAGAGUUUUGCCAAUUCCAGGAUGAGAGAGACAAUGAUCCUCACGCACAGAUUCUGGAAAAACAUCUACAGAACAAAGGAGUUGUUCGCUUUGAGGAGUGUUCAGAUGGUGGUAUCAGGGCUUGUCCUGGGAUCAAUCUUUUACAACCUGAAAGAGGAUUUUGUGGGAGCAGUGGAAAGGGUAGGCCUGUUUGCAUUCAUCUUGACAUUUCUGCUAUCAAGCACAACAGAGGCUCUCCCAAUAUUCUUGCAGGAGAGGGAGAUACUAAUGAAAGAGACUUCCAGCGGGAGCUACAGAGUCUCCUCCUACGCCAUAGCCAACGCCCUCGUCUACCUCCCAUUUCUGCUCAUUCUUGCACUCCUCUUCUCUCUCCCACUCUACUGGCUGGUAGGGCUAAACCCCCAUUUCACACCCUACCUCCACUUCUUGCUACUCAUAUGGCUCAUCCUCUACACUGCAAAUUCAGUGGUGGUGUGUUUCAGCGCUCUGGUCCCAAAUUUCAUCAUUGGGAACUCACUCAUCUCUGCAGUGAUGGGCUCCUUCUUCCUGUUCUCUGGCUACUUUGUGUCCAAGCAUGGGAUACCAAAUUACUGGAUUUUCAUGCACUACAUAUCCCUGUUUAAGUACCCAUUUGAAGGGUUCUUGAUUAAUGAGUUCUCAGGGUCCAACAAGUGCCUGCAAUACAUGUUUGGGAAAUGUAUGGUGAGUGGGGAAAAGCUGAUCAGAGAGGAAGGGUAUGGAGAAGAGAGCAGAUGGAGGAAUGUGCUCAUCAUGCUCUGCUUCAUAUUGCUUUACAGAUUCAUUUCCUAUGUUAUUCUCAGGUUUAGGUGUUCCCAAGGAGGGAUUCUAUCUCAUUCCAAGAUAAUCAUCCAUCAUAGGUGAUCAUCAUCAAUCUCUUCCUACCUAAAUACUACUUACCCUACAAUGUUUUUCUUUUUAGGUGAAAUCAGAACAAUCUGUUCUGUAUAUGUUUAAAUGUCAUGAAAACUACGGAGUAUUACAUAAACAAAUAAUGGAAGAAAACUUGUGAGAUUGAUAAUCA